CACACAGAGUGAGGAAGAGGAUGAAGAUAGAAGAGGUUCAGUCCACGACAAAGAAGCAGAGGAUAGCUACUCAUACUCACAUUAAAGGUCUUGGUCUUGAGGCCACUGGAAAAGCAAUAGCUUUGGCUGCUGGAUUCGUGGGUCAGGCUGCAGCAAGAGAAGCCUCUGGCCUUGUAGUCGAUAUGAUACGCCAGAAGAAGAUGGCUGGCCGGGCACUUCUGCUUGCUGGACCUCCUGGUACCGGGAAGACAGCCCUUGCUCUUGGUAUAUCCCAGGAGCUUGGGAGCAAGGUUCCGUUCUGCCCUAUGGUUGGAUCAGAAGUAUAUUCAUCAGAAGUAAAGAAAACUGAGGUUUUGAUGGAAAAUUUCCGUAGGGCUAUUGGUCUGCGUAUUAAGGAAAAUAAAGAGGUUUAUGAAGGGGAAGUGACUGAACUCUCCCCAGAAGAAACCGAGAGUGUAACAGGUGGGUAUGGUAAAAAUAUUAGCCAUGUAAUUAUCGGGUUGAAAACUGUCAAGGGAACGAAGCAGCUGAAGCUAGACCCAACUAUUUAUGAUGCAUUAAUUAAGGAGAAGGUUGCUGUUGGUGACGUUAUAUACAUCGAAGCAAAUAGUGGUGCAGUAAAAAGGGUGGGUAGGAGUGAUGCUUUUGCUACUGAAUUUGAUCUCGAGGCAGAAGAGUAUGUCCCACUUCCUAAAGGAGAGGUUCACAAAAAGAAGGAGAUAGUCCAGGAUGUUACGCUGCAUGAUCUGGAUGCUGCAAAUGCACGGCCUCAAGGUGGACAGGAUAUAUUGUCCCUGAUGGGUCAGAUGAUGAAACCCAGGAAAACAGAAAUUACUGACAAGCUACGACAAGAAAUAAACAAGGUUGUUAACCGCUAUAUUGAUGAAGGUGUGGCAGAACUUGUUCCUGGAGUCUUAUUUAUUGACGAGGUGCACAUGCUGGAUAUGGAAUGCUUUUCAUACUUGAAUCGUGCUUUAGAGAGCUCGCUAUCUCCAAUCGUAAUCUUUGCUACAAACAGAGGAAUAUGUAAUGUGAGAGGAACCGAUAUGAUUAGUCCUCAUGGAAUACCAGUUGACUUGUUAGACCGGUUGGUGAUAAUACGUACAGAAACUUAUGGUCCGGCUGAUAUGAUACAGAUAUUAGCCAUCCGUGCACAGGUGGAGGAACUAGUUGUAGAUGAAGAAAGUCUGGCUUACCUUGGGGAGAUUGGACAAACAGCAUCCUUAAGGCAUGCAGUUCAGCUAAUGUCACCUGCCAGUGUUGUAGCCAAAAUGAAUGGUCGAGACAAUAUUUGCAAGGCAGAUCUUGAGGAAGUGAAUACUCUUUAUUUGGAUGCCAAGUCUUCAGCAAAACUUCUUCAAGAGCAGCAGGACAGAUACAUCUCAUGAUGAAAUGUACUUCAUCACUACAAACACUUGGUUUGACUAUAAACCAUGGUAGUCAGAUAUAAUGCCAUCCGCUUGGCGUUCAGUUUAAAAUGUGAUGCAGGUCUUUGCUAUCAAUGAGCUUUUACUCGGGUAAAAUUUUGCCAGCUUUUGAGAAGCAUAUAUACCAAGCCGAGCUGCAGUUUAAAUUUUAACUAUAGGUUGAGUUUAGUCGGUUGCUUCAUGUUUUAAUAGUUUUUUUUUUUUGGGAGAUUUCUUUAAGGGAUUGGGCAUUGUAUUAUUGUCGAACAAAUUCAUGUGCAAAAGAACAAAAUGAUUCUGUUCGUGAAAGGUUGAAAAACUUGUAUUUUUUGAACUUCCAGAUUGAAUUAUUACUAAAAAGCAUCUAUGUGGGUUCCUUCUGUG